UCAGUCAACCUUCGGACGUCGUCGCGUUUGCAGUCAGCUCGGUCUCUUUCGUUGUUGAACGCAGCCAGCGUGCCCAUCAGCAGCAAAGGCAAAAUCGCAAUAGCACAAUUAGUUACCUACUGGUUGAUAGUUUCACUUUAGGCCAAGGUCUCCAGCUAGCCGAUCGGACCCGCACCGCGGUGAUAAACGUCUUUUGUUGCUGUUGCCAUUUUAGUCGCUACGUUUUCUUUUCGCUUAUGCUAGUUUGAAGAAAGCUCCCCAGCAAUCGAAACAAAUUUGCGUCUCACGAUUCGUUCAAUUAGUCAGUGUUUUUGAGUGUCCUGAUAAACAAAGAUUCCGGCGGGAGGUGCAACACGUCUUUGCUGUAUAGCUCAGAAGAUUUGGUCACUUAUCAGCUGCUCGGAGGCAAGAGCUUAGCGCCUUUUAGUUUAUUUUUGUGUGCAAGUGAGCGCGAGAAAAAGAAAAUAACAUCCAACAAGAUGAGCAGCGGUGGAGUCGAUGAGAUUCUCAGCUUUAAGCGAAACCCCGAGGAAGAUUUCUACGCAAUGCUCAACUGUGACGAGAAUUCAACGGUCGAGCAGAUUCAAGCCGAAUAUAAGCUGCUUGCCCUACAACAUCACCCAGAUAAGAAUGCCGGUGAUAAAGACGCCGAGGCCAUGUUUCAGAAAUUGAAGGAUGCCAAGGAGAUUUUGUGCGACCCGGAGAGGCGUGCCAAUUACGACAAAUGGCGCAGCAGCGGCAUCCAGAUUAGCUAUAAAAACUGGGUCGGCAUGAAGGAGCACGUGCAGCAAAGUAUGCACUGGGCCACACCCAAGACAAAGGACCGUAUGUUGCCGGAAACGGCCGGAGCCGGCAGUGGUUUGAGCGCCGCGCAACCGAAUCCGGCCCACCGUCGCGCCUCGGAGGGCGGUGCCGCACUGUACUACGGUGGUCGGAAGGGCGAAUGGGGCCAGGAGAACCCCAGCGAGGUGGUUAACAAGUUUCGUAAUUAUGAGAUCUAAGUCGGUUGGUAUAGUUUCACGUUUGUUCUUUAGUUCUACGUUUGGAUACACGGAAGUGGUUAUGGGUCAUUAGCGUCUUUCGGCUGAUGCCAUUAACAACCUUUAAGAUCGUAUGUGCUCCUUUUUACCGCGGGUUGUUACUGCAUGAACCGUAAAGACACUUGUACUCGUGAGCCUUACGAACAUUUAGUCACGAUUUGUUGUUUAUGUUGCAAAUUCACAGUUAAAUUCGACACAGCUCAGAACAAGCAGUUUUUAAUAAAUACCAUUAGAUUAUUCAUUUUAGUUUGAUUUUGUUUUAGUAGAAAUAUAUUGGCAGUAAAAAAAGCUAACUGAGUAUAACAUUCAUAAUAAAUACAAGAAUUCUGGUGCAUGUAUCAUUCCACACAAAAAAUCUCCAAAUAUGAUUGUUGUUUGUUAAAUGAUUGUGUAAUGUUAUUUAUGAUAUAUUUAAUCAGAAAAUACAAGAUGGAAGUAUAUUAAAACGUAGUGUUAACAUUGAAAAACAUAACUGUGUUGAUUAUUAUAUGUGCGUGAAAUCAGCAAAACUGCUAAUUAAUGUGUCGAUAGAUAUUUAAUUAAAAACAAACACAUCACAUAGUAAUGUAACUCAUGUAGUCAAUUUAAGUUGGCAGAAUUGAUUCGCGUAGAUGAAAAAAGUAAAAACUGAAUAAGAGUAAUAAUUUCCAUAUACAAGAAUGAUAAAAAAAGCAAAUGAUCGCGUAUCUUCCUUCUCAAUGCGGCAAAAACAAAUGCGAACUAAUAGAACUUAGAGUUUGCGCAAAUGAAAACAUAUACAAUCUAUAGACAACAAGUCAGUAUACAUGUGUAGUGUUUACAACGUUUUGUACUAUGAUCAAUAGAAAACAAAAUGGAAAUCAAAAUAGAUAUUCUAUAGUGUUGAAAGCUAAUGUUUCCCACCUCCCUGUCGAAGGAUCACUGUUUUUGAUAUUGUUACCAUUGUCUCACCAAUAAACUAAUCAGAUAUAAUGAUGGAGAACAAGAUAAAAAGCUUUCCAAUAUUUGAAAUAGCAUCUUGAUUAUCAUUUUCGUUUGUCUGAAAACGAGUGUUGUUCAGCUCAACCGCAGAUGUUUCUAUUCAUAUACAGAAAUCUAAAUCUAUAUUUUAUAUUUGCCCUUUACAAGAAUAAACUUUACACAAAACUAUCCUACCUGGAAAAAAGAUUUUUCUUUGGAUCGUCUGCUAGCAAGAGCCGAAAAGUUUUUCUUGUAGACCCAUCGCAAAUCAAACAAAAGGAAAGUAAUUUGGAAAUAAGCCUUCAACCCAUCCUUUCAACUUUUCUAGACUGAAGCUGGAAUGCUUAUAAACUGUUACCGAUACUUUCCUACCACGAUUGCAUCUAUUGGGAAGCAAAAUGCAGAGAGUGUUUUUGUUCUCGUUUAUUUACAUAUCGGAGGAAGAUAUUAUAUACUGUUAUCCCGUUAGUUUCCUAACGUAAGACCGUGGAAUCCGAAUUUGAAACCUAUCAGAAAAAGCUUUUUCAUAACAAAGUAUGACAUAUUUUAUGGUGAAAUAACACCCGUGUCAGUGAAAGACUUGAACAUUUGUAUACUUUCUACCCGAUUGAAAGAAAAAAAGUUAAAAAAAAUUGAUGUGAACCUCUCCGUAUUGUCACAUUGAAUAAAAUGGAUUUUAAACAACCGUCAUCGUAAAAAUGUCUAUCAAUAAUUAUAUAAAGCUCAAAAAUGAUGUGCAAAUCACAUUAAACAUAUAUAGGAAAAUGAUAAAAAAAAUCAUCCAAAACUUUUUAGGAUUCAAUGUGAUAUAAGAAAUAUGAAAAAAAAACUAUACACACAUUGUACAAGGAAAGCAUAAGAUUAAUCAUACACCUUUCACGACUUAAUGGGAGUGCUGUAGAGAGAACACAUGAACAAAAUCAAAAAAGAUAAACGACUUGGACGUGA